CUGCAUAUACAAGGAACUGAAGGAAAGACACUGUCAGGCAAGCUAAAAAGAGGGAAGUUGUUCAAACUUAAAAUUCCUCAUUUGUAUUCUUGAUUUCUUUACUUGCACAACAAGCUCUCAAGAUGAAGUUUUUGGUGUGCCUUGUGAUUCUGAUCUCUAAUGCUGCAGCAAUUCAAGAUCUUUCAGGUAAAAUGUUCACAUUCCCUCAACAAACCAAUGCUGCUCAUGUGAGGUUGACAACAUCCAUAAAGACCUUCAAUGCUUUGACUGUCUGCCACAGAUCAUUCACUGACCUCAAGCGGGACUAUGGGCUCUUUUCAAUGGCUCUGCCCACUAAUGCCAAUGAAUUCCUGAUGUUUUUCAAAUAUGAUGUCACUGAAAUGCAGCCCCAUGUGAGGACUGAUAAAAUUGGGUACAGAGUGGCAGACUACAAACACAACACGUGGUACUCGAUCUGCACCAGCUGGGAUUCCAGCACUGGACUGGUGCAGAUCUGGAUCAAUGGACAGCCCUUUGGCCGCAAAUAUAUUCCUGGAGGGCAAGCAGUGAUGAAUGGGUCCCCUAUUAUCAUUUUAGGACAGGAGCAGGAUUCCCAUGGAGGAGGCUUUGACAUUAACCAGAGUUUUGUGGGGAUGAUGACUGAUGUGCACAUGUGGGACUACGUGCUCUCGUCCUGUGAGAUCCAGAAGUAUAUGGCCGAGCUCAGCUUCACUCCAGGGAACAUUCUCAACUGGGCAGCUCUGGACUUCCAGAUCAACGGACGAGUGCUGAUCGAGAAUAAGCAGAUGUACUGUCAGUAAAAUUUAAAGCCGCAUUCUGUAAUUUCUGGUGGAGGGUCAGUUAAAUACUUUUCUCAGUGGAGAUUUCAUUGUUUUAUCUGGAAUUUUUCACAGUAUGGCAUUAAAUCUUUCUAUCAUCAUGGAGACCAAACCAGACCAAGUGUCAGGUCAGAUCUGUGGAGAGGCGACCCCGCUCACAGUCAGAAUGGUUGUUUUUAUAGGUGUUUUUGAGCAACAGGGCCACCUGUAAUUGAGUAAAUGUAAAGUAGAGCUGCAUAAUGUCAUAUUGUGGAACAUUCCAGGCAGAGCAAUAACAUCGGCUAAGAAACAAGCAAACCAAAAAGUUACAUAGUGCACCUUUAACACAGGGCUGGGGUGUGUAUGUGGGUGUGUAUUUUUUGUGUAUUUUUUUUGUCAUACAUUCUGCAUUAUUCAGGUGUGUCAGAGUGUUGAGUAUCUCUGUGUUGUAAUGGUGUGUUUUUUCUGUGUUUUAAAGUUUCUAUAUUACUCACAAUUGACUGAUGUGAAGUUUUUACCAUGUUAAAAUAUUGUUACAGUAUCAAAAACAUACCCUGAGUUAUGUUUUGUUUCAUUCACACAUUCACACACAGUAAUUCUGCAGUAUUGGGCUGUCUACAUAUCUCAAGGUCAAAAUGCUAUAUUCCACCUUGUGAUGUCAUGAAAUGGGAGCUAUUUUUAGGCAAAAAUCAAACUGCUGUUGUUGUCUCAAUUUUAAUGAUGGGUAAUUCCAGGGCUGCAUAUUAUCCAAAUGAUUCUAGUGAGGUGAUAUAGAGUUUACAACACAGAGCAGCGCUUCUUGUAUUCCACUUCAUGACAUCACAAUGUGGAACAAAGUGUUUUCAGUUUGAGAGAGAAUAUGCAGGAUUUGUGUGUUAAACAUGCGUGAAUGAAACAAAACACAACAUGGGUAUAUUUUUGAUGAGGAUGCAAAAUCAUAACAUAACAAAAAAAUUGCACAAUAGGCCUUUAACUUUGUUGUGAAACAUUGUGGCUUUGGUGCUGCACAAAUGAAUUUUGCUUCCUUUUUACUUUGCUUUUUUAUUUUAUAAAGUUUUUUUUUAUUUUAUAUAGUUCCUUAAAAGCAUUAAAAACAUGGUUUAAGUGUC